AUGCGUCUCGUUGAAGCGUACAAGAAUGAGAGAGGUGGGGGCACUGGUCCCUCCUUACAAUCCCUAGAUGGUGCCUUUCUGUUAGAUGGUGGCAAAGAGUCUAAUCUCAGAAGUCCCUCCUACUUCGCGACAGGAGGAAUGAGCAAUGGCUCGGAGGAUGAUAACAAUGUGGACGGCGGUGGGCCUUCCAAACAACCGCCAGAGGACCCCUCGUCCCAUAAUCGCUCGUCAUUGUCGGUGGCAGUGGUGGUAAUGGGUAGAGCGGCGAGGGCGGCAGUUAGAAUGGUAUCGUUUGCUGAGUUUAUGGGAUCGUGCGGCGAUGCUCUCUCAACCGAAGUAGAGCGGUUCUUUAAAGAAAACUCCCAGACCAUUGACAUGUAUGGAAACAAGGUGCGAUUUAGAGAAAAUCUCCUCCUAAUCAUAUCAAAGGUUGUCUCAAAUGUUGCGGAGCAGAGGAGGUGCCUUCGUGGUGCUGCAGCAACUCAUAACUCCAUUGUGCAGAUACAGUGA